AUGUCGGGAGUAUCAACAGGUCGGCGGGUUGUCGUGACAGGGCUAGGCCUUGUCACGUGUCUUGGGGUUGGUGUGGAACAUGUCUGGUCUAAACUUCUUCGAGGAGAAUCUGGCAUCACUCGUGUUAAAGGGCCAGGAUUCGAUAAAGUGAAGCUCACAUGUAACAUAGCUGGUCAAGUUCCCAAGGGUUCCACUCCGGGAGACCUCAACAUGGGGCAUCUUUAUAGCUCGACAGAACAACGUAAACAAUCUCUGGCAGCAUUGUACGCCUUGGAGGCUGCUAGAGAGGCACUGACGAUGGCUCGGUGGGGCGGCUCAGAAUUAGAAGAAGAGGAAAGAAUGGAAACGGGUGUAUCACUGGGUACUGGAGUCAUGGGGACGAGUGAUAUCUAUAAAACAGGAGAGACACUAUAUAGACAGGGAUAUAAGAAGGUCGACCCUCAUUUUAUACCCAGGAUACUGGCCAACAUUCCCGCUGGUCUGAUAUCCAUGAAAUAUGGAUUUCAGGGUCCUAUCCACGCAGUAUCCUCAGCUUGUACCACUGGACUACAUGCUACAGGGGAUGCCUUUAGAUUCAUCAAGUAUGGAGAUGCCAAUGUCAUGGUUUGCGGAGGGACAGAGGCUUGUAUUGAUCCAAUAAUUUUAGCUGGAUUAGGUAGGAUGAAAUUCCUCAGCACAAGUUAUAAUGACGAACCACAUAAGGCCUCUAGACCAUUUGAUAAAGCAAGAGAAGGACUAGUUCUUAGUGAAGGCUCUGGUGUGCUUGUACUUGAAGAGUUAGAACAUGCUAAAGCCAGAGGUGUGGAAAUAAUAGCUGAGGUAAAGGGUUAUGGACUCUCUGGGGACGCAUAUCAUAUCAGUCACUCUGAAAAGAACGGACGAGGGGCUGAGCUUAGCAUGCUAAGGGCCUUAAAGGAGGCCAAUGUUGGUCCAUGUGAUAUUGGAUAUAUCAACGCCCAUGCGGUGUCUACACCUCUAGGUGAUGCAGCUGAACUGAGGGCAAUAUCUAGGGUAUUUCAGAACACUGGAGUAGCAGUGUCAUCUACCAAAAGUUCAACAGGGCAUCUCAUAGGUGCCUCUGGAAGUGUAGAGUCAAUAUUCACCAUAAUGACUCUUAAAGCAGCUAUGAUGCCCUUUAACAUAACUCUAGAAGACAUGGAUGACGAAUUUGAACACAUGAAUUUACUUCAAGGGAAAGCCAUGCACUUUCCUACAAAUUCAAAACAUGUUUUGACAAACUCAUUUGGGUUUGGAGGAGCAAAUGGCUCACUAUGUUUUGGAAGUUAUAAUGAGUGAACAUAUCAAGUAGCAGAGACAAUAUGCUGAUCUCAUUCAUUAGUUUUAAGGAACUACAUUUUCGUAAAGGCAGUAUGAAGAUAACUGAGCUUCCUGCCGAUGGAGAUUCAAAAGCAAAAGUACGUAAAGCAUACAAAGGCAUUUUGAAGUUGACAUGACAGUGCUUUUUUUCGACAUAUAUAUAUCUUUACCAGGCACUACCAUUAAAGUUUGACAUAAGGCUUUAAAAUAUAAUCUAAACUGUCAAAUAUUCAAUGACAGUGCUACUGUUC